CGGGAGGCCGCCCUCUCCGCCGCCCCUGCGGCUGCGCGCGCUCGGGGCUGGGUUCCCGGAAAGGGCCUGAAUCAUGUGAAGGAUGGCACUAUUUGAUGUCACUCCUACUUUUCAUUUACAGUACACACUAGGAGUCAUGAGAAACAACUGUCACUCUCCGCGGGUGGGAGCUGCCACCAUUUACAAAGACAAGAAGUAAUUUUCUUGUACUCACAAGAUGACUCAGCAUGGAGCCCGAAGCCGCCAGGUUGGAGAAGCAGCACGUGCAUGAUGUCUACGAGAGCACGGCUCCCUACCUCAGCCACCUGCAGAGCAGAGCCUGGCCGCGGGUCCGCCAGUUCCUCCAAGACCAGAAGCCGGGCAGCCUCGUCGCUGACAUUGGCUGUGGCACUGGAAAAUAUCUUCAAGUCAACAGCCAGGUGCACAUCCUGGGCUGUGACUACUGUAGGCCCUUGGUAGAGAUUGCCCGGGCUGGAGGAAGUGAAGUCAUGGUAUGUGACAACCUUAAUCUUCCCUUUAGGGACCAGGGCUUCGAUGCUGUCAUCUCCAUCGGAGUCAUCCAUCACUUCUCGACGAGGCGGCGGAGGAGCCGGGCCGUCGGGGAGAUGGCGAGGGUCCUGGCCCCGGGCGGGCGGCUGCUGAUCUACGUGUGGGCCAUGGAGCAGAAGAACCGGCGCUUCGCCCGGCAGGACGUGCUCGUGCCCUGGAACGGGGCCCUGUGCUCGGGGCCGCGGCCUCCCGAGCCGGGGCCGCGGCCCGGCGGGUUCUACUCCGCCCUGGGCCGGUCCCUCCGCGCCUGGCUCUCGGCCCGCGCGCUGGAGGCGCCCCGUCCGGCGGAGCCGCGGGGGGCCGGGGGAGCCCGCGGGGGCGCGGGGGGGGACGCGGGGGGCCCGGCGGGCGCCGAGGCCCCGGGCCGCACGCGCGCGCCCGGCCCCCGCCCGCCCGAGCCGCCGGGCCCCGAGGGCGGCGCGGCCCUCACGCGCUACUACCACGUGUUCCGCGCGGGCGAGCUCGGGGAGCUGCUGCGGGGCCACGCGCGCGAGCUGCGCGUGCUCAGCGCCGGCCGCGACCACGGCAACUGGUGCGUGCUGGCCGAGAAGAGGCGGGGCCGCCCGGCGCAGGGCCGGUGA